AAGUCUGGGGAACAGGAAGACAAGAUCACCCUCUACUUUCUUGUUGUCAGUUGUCUUCAAGUUGACUUUGACUUUGACCUAUGAGUGAGAGACCUCCAAGUCAUCCUAACUGAGGCGGUAUUAUGACACAGAUAAUCCCUGAUUUUGUGACUCCUUUAAGGAGUGAUUGCUGGACACCCAACAGCACUGCUCCUUGCAGAUAUUAUGAGCACAAUUUAGGAGAUGGAAUAAUCUACAUUAUUAAUCAGUUCAUCUGCCUCUUUGGCCUGAUGGGGAACGGAACUGUCCUUUGGUGCCUCAGACGCUGUGUCAUGAAGAAACCCAUCAUUAUAUACAUCCUCAGUUUAGCACUAGCUGACUUUGCCUACCUCCUUUGCUGCUUGUUUGUCAUCCUAGUUUUUUCUGUGGAAUAUUUCAGUGGCCAUUAUUGUUUCCCAUGGUGCAAGGUGUUGUUCACAGUGUACAAAGUGGAACUGUUCUUAUACAGCACUGGCAUGUAUUUCCUAAUGACCAUCAGCACUGAAAGGUGCCUGUGUACUCUUUUCCCAUUCUGGUAUCGCUGCCGUCGCCCUGGGUGGCUGUCUGGUGCUCUGGCUGUAGUGCUGUGGAGCCUUGCUGCCUUGCUCUGUGGUGUCAACAUCUGCGCUUUAUGGGGUAAAACAGGCUACCAAGAGAUGGACAAAGCAAUCACUGUUGUAAACCUCUCAUUCGUCACCCCCAUUAUGAUCUUGUCCAGCCUAAUCCUGUUCACAAAAGUGAGGUGCUCUUCACAACAGCAGCAACUAGGACAACUCAGUAUAACUAUAUUACUCACAGUUUUCUUCUUUAUCAUUUUUGCCACUCCCCUUAGCAUAAAACAUUUGUUCAAAGAUUCCAACAAGGUCCCAAAUAUGUUUUACUUGCUUGCCUCAGUGAACAGUAGCAUCAAUCCAGCUAUUUAUUUCCUAGUGGGUUGUCGUAGGGAGAAAUGGUUCAGUGAGCCACUUUCGUUUGUCUUGCAAAGGGCCCUCAACGAGGAGAGAAAUUCUAAAAAGGGGGUGGUCUACAAUACAGAUAGGCAGAUAAAAAAUAACCAAGGUCAGAAGAAGUUUGUGGUUUUCAUACACAAGACCUAAAUUGGCUUUCUGUUAAAUUGGUGUCUUGUUGGGAUAAUAGUAUGCAACGGGAUCUUGCAGCACUUUUGAAUUAACUGUGCAAAGAAAUUGUAGCAUAAGCUUUCACAGACUCAGUCUACUUCUUCAGAUGUAGACUGAGUCUACAAAGGUUUUUGCUACAAUGUCUUUCACUUUGGGGCUCUACAGAUUGCCCCUAAGGGGCGGCGGAAGGCCACCCCUUUCCUGGAUGGGUUAGGGCCACAGCAACCUCAUGCCAUGCCCCCA